CCAUGCUAGAUCUAUCACCCUCCUUCAAGCAAUUAGGCAUAUAAACAUUCCAAUUUGCUUCAAAUAACAAUUUCUUGUUACUUGUUGAUGAUAAAGAUGAGCACUCACUUUUUCCUUGUAACCAUAGCCAUCAUUGCCUUAGCCUCGACACUUGUUUAUGCUUCUGACCCUAGUCCUCUACAAGAUUUCUGUGUUGCUGUUAAUGAUUCUAAAUCUGCAGUGUUCGUGAAUGGCAAGUUUUGCAAUGACCCAAAGCUUGCCAAAGCCAAGGACUUCUUCUUUUCUGGUCUCCUUACUCCACGAAAAACAUCGAAUCCAGUUGGGUCAACGGUCACUCCCGUAAAUGUCAUGCAAAUACCAGGCCUCAAUACUCUUGGUAUCUCCUUAGCUCGCAUUGACUUUGCACCUUACGGCCUCAACCCACCCCACACGCAUCCUCGCGCAACUGAGGUUAUCGUGGUCUUAGAGGGUACCCUCCACGUCGGUUUCGUCACCUCCAAUCCAGAAAACCGUCUCUUUACCAAAGUCCUUUAUCCAGGAGAUGUUUUUGUGUUCCCUGAGGGUCUCAUUCACUUCCAGUUCAAUCAAGGAAAGACCAAUGCAGUGGCCAUUGCUGCUCUAAGUAGCCAAAACCCUGGUGUUAUUACUAUUGCUAAUGCGGUGUUUGGGUCGAACCCAAAGAUUUCUGAUGAUGUUCUUGCCAAGGCAUUCCAAGUGGACAAGAAGGUGGUGGACCAUCUUCAAGCUCAGUUCUGGUGGCCUAACAACUAGAUACAUAAACAGAAAAGAGAACUCACGAAUCUAUUGUUUUUUAAACUUUAAAUAAAUAUGAUGUAAUAUAUCUUAAAUAAGCGGGUUAGUUACGGUUAAUUUCCUUACAACUGUUUUCCUAUAAUUCAAUAAUAAUAAAGUUUGUUAAAGAGUUCUCUCUCUUUCUUUUAUAUAAUGAUGACACUAUCUUGAUCUUU